AUUUCCUUUCCCAGUUAGUAUGAUUGACGUAGUGACAACUAUCACAGUUCCAGAUCCGGCCCGUGCAAGCGCUUUGGUGUUUUCUCAUCACAGUUGACGCAACCCGACACAAGCUCAUGGAAACAGUCGAUGCAAUCCAAGAAAAUGAAAGCAUGGAUUGUAAAACAAGGGCAUGCAAACGCGUCGCAGCAUUUGCCCAGACGCGGCAUUUAUGUUCGGGGGGAAGCACAUCUAUUUUGUGCGUAAUUCAUUUUUGGGUUGGUCCUGCCAACCCACUCCAUUGAUGAAAAAGGGUCCCCAGCAACGUUAUUGUCAUAUGGGACUACAGCGGUGGCAGCGGCCAGCAGCGGAUCAGAGGGAAGCACAGCCCAAUUGAUUUUUACACAGGACUGGCAAUCCAGCCAUGGAUUGAAAGUGGCCGCGGAGCCGCGCAGCACCUAACUUGGACUAGUGCUACUACUCUCGCAGCACCAGUUGGAUACUUUCCCGUGGCCGGGCGUAAAUGAGAGUUGAAGGGUACUGAAUGCUGGUCGUUGACAAAGAGGGACUGGUGAUCUGCAAACUCCUCGUCUCUGUAUUUUAUACCGCAUCGCGAGGCAUACUUUCCUUGUUUUAGGGAGCAUCUGGCGAGCUCCACUCUCAAGUUCGUCCAUUUGAGAGAGUCAGCAGCAGCAGCGGCUAGUUUCUGUGCAAGACCCACGGGAGUUUUCUCUGUGUCAGGAGUUUUCUUGGUUCUCCGUGCACAUUAUGGUGAGCGUGGAGUUUAGCGAUGGCGUUGCUACUCCCAUGAUUCCCAAUGGACAAGCGAAAUCGAAGCCUUCAACUCAUGCCACUGCAAAUGGAAAUGUGGGAGCAGUGCUGGAAAACGGGCAUGCAAACGGGAGUUCUUCUAAUGGCAAAGCAAAGGACGAAGCUAGCAAACACCAAACUCUUGGUCACAAGAGCCUCCUCAAGAGCGACGCUCUCUAUCAGUAUCUCCUCGAGACGAGCGUUUAUCCGCGAGAGCCAGCGUCACUCAGAGGAUUGAGAGAGCUAACAGCAAAGCAUCCAUGGAACAUCAUGACCACUUCUCCAGACGAGGGCCAGUUUCUAAGCUUGCUAGUAAAGAUCAUGAACGCCAAGAACACCAUCGAAAUCGGCGUCUUCACGGGCUAUUCUCUUCUCAGCACAGCGCUGGCGCUGCCAGAGGAUGGAAAGAUCAUAGCAAUGGACAUUGACAGGAGCAACUAUGAUUUGGGAUUCCCAUUCUUGCAAGAAGCAGGAGUGGACCACAAGAUUGAUUUCCGCGAGGGCCCAGCUCUGGCAACUCUGGACGAGCUCGUUCAAAAUGACAAGAACCAUGGCUUCUUCGAUUUCAUUUUUAUUGAUGCCGACAAGAACAACUAUCUCAACUAUCACGAGAGAGUAAUGCAGCUCGUCAAGAUCGGUGGAAUCAUCGGCUAUGACAACACGCUGUGGAACGGAGCAGUGGUGGCGUCCGACGAUGAGCCAAUGCGCAAGUACGUCCGGUUCUACAAAGAUUUCGUCAAGGAGCUCAACAAAGUUCUCGCGGCGGACCCUCGCAUCGAGAUAAGUCACAUUUCCAUCAGCGACGGGAUCACGCUGUGCAGACGCAUCGUAUGAUAAAAACCAAAUCGCCACCUACAGUUCUUAUUGUUCUUCCACAGAUAGCUCUUCAGUAGCUCGUUAGGAGAAUCUUUCCACCUCUCGCUGGUGUCUGCAAGAAGAAGGAAUUAUUUUGUUCAUAAGCUUCGGACUGUUAUUUCGAAGUCUCAAUGGAAGGAAUUCUUCUCUUA